UGAGUAUCAUGUAGUCAAAGAACGACAUUAUGAGCUGUAACCUGGGACUUCCUGAUCCUCUUACUUUUAUAAACAGCAAGGCAGGGCAGGGACCCGUGAGCAGUCCGAAGGGCAACUGUAUCUGCUGGAGGAUGAAGCCGUUUACUACUGCCCUCUCCUUCCUCAUUCUUGCAGCUGCUCUCGGAUUCUGGGCACAGAUCGUACAUGCAACAGAGACAGAAGAAGUUCUGAAGGCAAUGGAAGGACUUGAACCUCGAGUGUUUUCCAGGGGAUUUGCUACAGCUGCAGACUGCUGCUACUCCUAUGCCUCACGGAUCCGGUGUUCAAGAUUUAUAUAUUAUUUUCCAACCAGUGGUGGGUGCAUCAAGCCAGGCAUCAUCUUUAUUACCUAUAAGAGGAAGCAAGUCUGUGCCGACCCUAGUGAUCAAGAAGUUCAGAAGUGCAUAGCAAGCCUGGAGCCAGAGCCAUGACUACAGACCUACAAAGUGUAUUGAGAAAAAGAGUAAAUAGUGCUAGCCACCGUCUUCCCCAAUUACUGCUUAGAAAGCUCUGAGUGUUUGUCUUUAUAGAUAUAUAAAACAUUCAUGUUUCUGUUCUGCUUUAAAGCAUCACAUCUAGCUUUGUCACAGAGGGGAAACUUGGCUGUGCCAUGCCUGGUGAUCUGAAAAUGGAGAAGUGCAUGAAAGGCCUGAAGCUGACCCCAGUGACCUCACAUAACAUUUGAUUAAGAUAAAAAUGGCAAGGGCUGGAGAGAUGGCUCAGUAGUUAAGAACACUGGCUGUGCUUUCAGAGGUCCUGGGUUCAAGUCCCACUAACAUGGCAGCUCAAACUAUCAGUAAUUCCACUUCCGGGGGGGGGAACUGAUACCCUAUUCUGCCCUUUGAUUAACAGUAUUUACAGUAUUUUUAAUGAGUUCAGCUUACCCUGGCUAGAACCAUCUUGAGCUGUCACCAUCAGGACUGUGCCAGAAAAACUCUUUGAGUAUUCCUGCAUAGUUUCUCAGCAGAUUACUAGUGUAUAAACUCUAAGAAUGAUCUGUGGGCCAUUGGAAUGUGUCUAGCUCUGAUAUUUUGCUAAGGCAAGCCAGGCACAUUCAACUAGGAUGAAAUCGAUUCUGCCUUAGCCCAUACAUAUGCCUGCCUUUGUGAGGACCCAUCUUCCUGCUACCCGAGAUCAGUAUGCCCACUAAUAAAGGGUGGUGGGAGCCCAUCCGUGCAGCCACAGGUCCGUCUGCCUCUUUUUCUUCAGUUUCACAAGACCGUGGGCUGAAUUGGGCUGUUGGGGGGAAAACAUAUCUCACUCACCUUGAAUCUGCAGUAGAAGAGAAACAGGGCCAAUCAUGUAACUUUGGAUCUUUUCUUUCAAAACAAAAGACAUCAUUUUUAAGACAACAUUUUUAAGGUGCUAAGAACACAGCUUAUUCCAAUGUAGACUUCAUAUCGAAGAUGUAUUUUCCCACUACUGAGGGAACCAUUAAACUGAUCUAAAAAUGUU